AUGGCCGCAAAGUAUUCGGUCAAGUUUUUUUGGAUCAUCAAAGUGAUGGUUUACGUUUUCAAAAUUCUCGGACUUGCAACAUUCUCUGUUGAAAACUUCGACAACUCCAUUUGCACCUGGGCUGUGGAUUCAUCUAAUUUAGGAUUGGCCUAUAAUAUUCUACUCUCGAUUGCACUUUCAAUUCUGACCGCAGUUUCAUUUUGGAAGUCGGUUUCUAUGAAUUACGACAACAAAUCUUCACUGACUGCAAUACACGACGCGGUACUGGGACUUUCGGUAUCCUGUACAGCUUGGGUUGUCAUUGUUUCCUGGGCUUUUAAGCAGAGUAAAGCUGUAGACAUUGCUAACAAAAUGUUAUUGCUCAACUUUUACGUGACAUCGAAGAAGGAACGAUCAAAGAAAAGGACGUUCGUAACGGUUUGUCUAUACGUGACGAUCAACGCUUGUUUCUGGAUUUAUGAAUACAUCGAGGAAAUUUUCCGACCCACACUUCCUACUCUCGUUUUUAUUUAUUUCACCGUACCAUAUUUCAUUGUUUCUUCGUUUAUGGUAGAAUAUUGUAUGGUCGUCAGAUUGAUAAUCAAGGAGUUUGAAAAAGUGAACGAGAUUCUAUCGGAUUACGACGAUUUUCGGACCAACUCGUAUCUCCGCACACAGUUUCUCAAUUACAAUAAUUUAGAAGCAUUCUUUUCACCGAAUAACAGUCAGCUGAUUAUGCUCCAAUCGGUACACAAAAUUCGUACGAUGCUUUUUGAAAUUUCCAGUGACAUUUCGGACUUUUUUUCAUUCCCGAUUUUAUUAUGCAUCGGCACUUCUUUUUACGCAAUUCUGACCAACGUUUAUUAUCUCAUUACUCCAUUCGUUGCACCGAACGCGGUAUUUUCGUUGCCCCUAUUUCUUUCAACGGUAUUAUUGAUUAUCGUAAUUGCGUACCCCAUCGUGCUACUUGUUUACAACACUGAACAAGCCAUGUAUAAGGCGAAACUUUCCAGUCGAGUAGUGCACGAGUUAUUGUCCAAAACGACGAAACCGGAAAUCAAAUCGGAGCUCGAACAGUUCUCUCUUCACUUGCUGCAUGAAGAAUUGUACUUCACGGCUUGUGGAUUUUUUAAAUUGGAUUUCGCACUUUUGCAUACGAUGCUGGCAUCUAUGGGAACCUAUCUUGUGAUUUUUAUUCAAUUUCACUGUGCCGCCAUCAAUGCCGUGGCGGUGAUGAUGCCAACUGCGAAAAUGACCGCCAAGCGUCCGGAAAAAUUUCUCCAGUUAACGAAAAUCAUCCUUCAUGGUUUCAAGGUUUUCGGUCUCGCCCCAUUUUCCGUUCAAGCUAAAAACUUGUUUGCAAACUUUGGCAAGCCUGUGUGCAUCUGGGCCUUCAGUUUCUCCAAAAUCGGACUGGUUUAUAAUCUCCUACUGGCAAUUUUGAUUCCAAUUGCAUAUGUGCUGUUAGUUCCAAAGUUUGUGGCUAUAGAUUAUGAACACAAAACUAAACAGAGUUCAUUCUGUGACGUCGCGUGGAGCAUCGUCGCGAUUUCAACAGUUUGGGUUGUUAUUGUUUCCUGGACUUUUAAGCAGAGCAAUGCUGUAAUUAUUAUGAACAGACUUAUCGAUGUUGACUUUAGACUUUCUCUAACGAAAGGACCAAAUAUCAGAGUCCCAUCAUCUGUAUUAAUUUCACUCUUUAUUACCGAAUAUUUCUUGAUUGUCGGACUUCUAGAGGCGGAAUUUUACCGAGUUAACAAUAUGCUAUUGAAGUGCAAGGAUUUUCACUACCUUUCAUCCGCCAUACCUUUUCUCAGCAGCGGAUCAGAGAUAUCGGAUUUGUCAAAUCACAAUCAGUUGUCAGCUCUUCGAUCACUUCGCAGGAUUCGUACGAUGCUUUUUGAAAUUACUAACGACGUUGCGAACUUCUUUUCGUUUCCAAUCUUAAUGUGCGUCUGUUAUUGCUUCGUCACUCUCGUUUACUGCGCUUAUUGGAUAAUUAUUGGCCCUUUUGGCUCAAAUGAAGAGUUUUCGCUGGAUUUUGCUCUUCGGGAGCUUUUCAUACUCAUCAUUUUAUAUCCCGUCACUCUUCUUGUGAACAACGUUACAAAAACUAUAGAAGAGGCAAGGCGAACUGGUCUGGUAGUUCACAAGCUGGUGGCCACAACAACGCUACCGGAAAUGAAAAAGGAGCUCACCGAAUUCUCUCUCCGGAUACUACACGAAGAAUUCAAUUUCACAGCGUACGGUUUCUUUCAGUUGGACUUUACGCUCUUACAUUCGAUGUUAGCGACUUCAGUAACCUAUCUUGUUAUUCUAGUCCAGUUCUCUGAAGAACUACAUCACUCUUCUAGCCGUGUAAGGGCCGCUUAG